GGCUUGUUGACGUACACUUCCUAGUUCUCGCUAACCCGGGAGAGUCCCAAAGUACUGGCACCGAGCGGCUCCGGUGAAAGGUGGGUGCGAUGAUUUAAUCUCACUGACGGUAGCUUUUGGCUCAGGUUUACUGUGCUCCCAGCACGCUGGCGGUGCCCAGUGCUUGGCUGUACGAAGUGAGGGCUUCACAGUAACAUUCAUGGUGGGGUUUGUUAGCAAUGUAUCGGAUCAAAAUCCACAAUGGGGAAACUCAGGCUAAAUAUAGGAAGAUGAGCUCGAGAUUUUCCCAAUCAGCUAUUUUAACUAAAUUUUGGCAUCUGUUUGCUACAUUUCACGGUUUAGUGAAUACAGUCUGUGAGUGUCCAAGUUAACUAUUGUGUGUAUGACCCGCAAACAAAACUUGCAGUAAUACGUUCUAAAUUACAGUCAUUUUCUGGGUUUUCAACUUUGGAGUGUAUUAAAUUAAGGUUACAUUUAACUGAGAAAUUAAUUUAAAAUACUUAUAAACGUGUGUGUGUGUGUGUGUGUAUAUAUAUAUAUAUAUAUAUAUAUAUAUAUAUAUAUAUAAUUAGUCCAGCAGUAAAGGACAUAUAAUUUUGUUUGAAUAAACACUUUAAGCCCUCCCCUUUUCCCCCAGGAGGGAAUACUUCAAUUAGAGGCUUCUCAUUAAAACGCCUCUAUGUUGAAGCUGCACACAAUUAUGAGUUUCCUAUCCUUCAGUGACCUGUAGUACCUCUCAUGAAUUUGGGAUUAAGGCAAGCAUUCUGUGGAGCAGAUGCUAGCGGGAAAAAAACUCUCUGGCUGUUUGACAGCCAGGGAGGUAGUUCUGCCACAAAUUAUAAAAGUGCUGAUUUAUUUUGAAAUUGGCAGUUUUAUAGCGUGUCAAAAGAAUUUUGAAAACAGACACUAUAGUAACUAGAACACCGCUUAAAGGGAAACUAUAGUGCCAGGAAAACAAGUUUGGAUCCGCUGACGUCAGCCAGCGGGGAAGAGACCUAAUGCCCAUGCACGCCAAUUUCCAUACUCUCAUUAGGAUCUACCCUUAGGAAAGCAUUAUUCAAUGCUUUCCUAUAGGGAUUCCUGUGACGCUGGAAGUCCUAAUGCAUUGCAUGCGUCCAGCGUCAUUUAGGCGACCCAUAGUCGCCUUUGAGCCUGGAAGUCCCUCUAUUGGCAGUCUGGUAGACAGCCACCAGAGGAGUUAACCCUAGCUGGUAAUUAUUGCAGUUUAUAAAAAAAAAAAAACUGCAAUAAUUACAUGCUAUGGGGUAAGGGUGAUGGGACAUUGCAACCAGACCACUUUAUUGAGCUGAAGUGGUCUGGGUGCCUACAAUGUCCCUUUUAAUGUAGUGGUUUUGGUGUCUAUAACAUGCCCCUACAGGCUCAGAGAAAAGGCAGUUUGCGCAUUGCUAUCUAGUAAUACAUCUAGCGGCAGUCAAUCAGAAGGCCAGUAGAGGCGCUUUCUAUCUCCAUGUAUCAAAGUGUGCAGCACCUACAUUCCUUUAAUGCACCUCUAUGAGGAGAUACUGACUGGCACAGCUCGGCAUUUUGUCACACAUGCGAAAUAGCCUCCAAAGGGAAAGCAUUGGAUUGACUAAGAUCGUCAAGAUUGAUGAUCUCAGCCAUGGAGACAGGGCAAGCUACGUUAAGGCCGGUGCGGUGAUGGAGAAAGGGUGAGUAAAACAACCUUUUUACUACACAGAGAGGGGGGAAUAAAAUAAUAUAGUGUUAGGAAUUUAUGAUGCAGUUCACUUCAAACACCAUAAACACUACAGUUAAUAGUCAAAUCAUAAGUUGAUGCACUCAUCCAGUGAGCUGCAACACAGUGCAGUGUUGAGCUGGUUAUCCAGGAGGAAAGUGACCAGUGCUCCCUAUGUAAUAAAUCAGUGGUUUAAUUCCUGGCACCAUAUCCAUUAUAGCAUGAUGUAGUACUUAUGGUGCUUGUAGUGUUCCUUUAACCCCUUAAGGACCAAACUUCUGGAAUAAAAGGGAAUCAUGACAUGUCACAAAUGUCAUGUGUCCUAAGGGGUUAAUAUGAGUCGUCAUGGCAAAUGUUUGAAAUCUGUUUUCAGUGCACUACAACUUUUGAUCAGUGACCUUUGAUCAUUUGAAGUGUUGGACGUUAUCUUGAAGUGACCUCACAGUGAUUAUUCUUGUGCUUGUAUAUGAAUGUUUGCUAAUGAUCUCUGGAUAUAAUGGAACACAAUGCUGAGGGUUUAAAUGAACACCUAUUUGACAGUGCUUUGUGUCUGGAGUCUGUAGAUUAUAAAAGAGGCAAUUUUCAAUAGAAAUCGACUCUUUUAUAAUUGGGGCAGAAACACUCCUCUGGUUGUCACUUAGACACAAAACUAACGGAAGUGGGAGGGAUGCUGGGCUAGAGCACAUUUGCCUACCUUGUAAGCUUUACUACAGCUCAUUUAGAAGCACCGAAAAAGGUGCGAUCUUGUGCAUGCAGCACAGAGGCAUGCCAAAAGGUACACUAAAUGAAAUAACCCCUGGUCAGUUCCCUACAGUUCACGCCAGCACAAGGAGUAGCAUAGGCUUUGACACUUAAAAAAAACACUGUAGGGUCAGGAACACAAACAUGUAUGUAAAACUACCUUCUUAGCCCCCUGCCCCUCUAAAUAUAGUAGAAUCUUAUGUUUGUUCAAUUCUGCAGCUGCUGGCUCUGCCCCCGAUCUGCCUGCUUUGCUGACAUCAUCCGAAGUGAUUCUCUGAGCCUAUCACCAUGCUUUCCCAUAGGAUUGGCUAAGGCUGUCAAGGAGGCAGCUCAGUUGCAGAGCCAGCACAAGCCAAACAGCCCUGAGCAAUCAGCAUCUCAUUGUAGAGAUAUUUUGAAUCAUUACAUCUCUACGAGGAAAGUUCAGUGUCUCCUUGCAGUGGAUGGAGACACUGAAUGGCAGUGACUCCUGCACUGCCUUGGGAAACACAUCUAGUAGCCAUCAGAGGAGUGGCCAGUGUAAUUAUCCCUGGACUCUAAUGUGAACACUGCAUUUUCUCUGAAAAUACAGUGUUUCAGGCCAAAGACCUGAAACUAAUGAUUAUACUCACCAGAAUAAAUACAAUAAGCUGUAGUUGUGCUGGUGACUAUAGUGUCUCUUCAAUGUAUAGUUCUAGUGAAAGUCUUACCUUAACAAACAAUUGUAACAAUAUACCACAAAAAAAAAAAAAUCUAAGUAUUUACAAAAUUACCCUAGGUUACAAACUAUUCCUUAUAUAGCUGAUCACCUAAUUCAUGAACUAAUCUCUAUAUAGUUGAUCACCUAAUUCAUGAAAACAGAUGGUCUCUGGUUCUGGUUUCUUAGUAUAUAGUGCUGUAAGGAUUACUAUGGAAUUAUCUAACUUUCCAUCACUGGAACAGUUAAUGUGAGACUGACUAACAUGCCAGCACCAGUGCCAAUAGCAGAACAUCUGUAUUGUAGCUAGUAUAAAGGUGAUACAAGCUUCAUAAUCAUGAAUUAGCUAGAGCUAUGUGAGUGUUCUUGUAAUUAGAAUGCAAAAAGCAUCCCUUUCUAUUACCCAGCCGUAUCCUUUACUGAAAAGAGAAAGAUGAUAAUAACAUCAUGGAUAUCCUAUGCCAGGAAAGGUAAAGGGAAAAAAAGGUGGAUAAUUAGAGAGGGCAGUAAGAAGGAAAAUGUCCUUGUAUAAGCAUACAAAACCCUACCAACGCAAAACAAAUACAACUAAUGCUAGGACUAAUGUAUGUUGUAUGCCAUAUUUCCUAAUUAAUCCUAGAUUAAGAUCAGGUAUUGAAAGCUAAAUGUUAAAAGGGAAACAGUUAAGUACCUCCAUCACCAGGAAGAGGCCUGGGUACUACAAUAGAAAAUAGACUACUGUAUCAAGGAUACUCCUAUAGCUCACAUUCUGUACUCCAGUCAACAGGAUGGUGAAACCUGGGACCUACAUAAACUCGAAGUAGGACUGCUACUGAGGAUAUUACCAUGUCGCAUAGGUGCAUGCCUCAAUAAAAGGGAAUAGAUGACUAGAACUUAAUAUAUCGAAACCCUUAUACGUUAUCAUAGUGAUUCUGUGAAUAGUGCUGAAUAAAAGAAAUGAUAAACAAGAAACCUAUAGCUGUUGAACUAUACUUUCUGAUAUUGUAAAUGCAAGAGCUGUAAAUUUAUUGUAGAUAUGAGACAUAGAAUGGUUGAGUUUUACACAUUUCUUUGUCUAAGAUCCAUUAAACUCUGCAGUAAUUACGAUGUGGAAUUUCUUAUAGGGGAACUUCUGAUAUAGGUAAUUUAGAAGAGGAUGCUAGACCGGAUGCACUCAGGGGACCCUUGUAAUCUGGGAACCAUUUAAAAAAAGGUUCAAGUACCUACUAUGGGACGGUGUUUGUGGAUACCUGACACCAUGACCGCUGCAUAGUUGUUAUGGUGCCUAAUUUACCCUUCUAAUAAAUGUAAUAAACAAUUUUGAACUUACCCAGACAAUUCAGAUCACUUUGAAAAAUCUCCCACAGUGGGUCACUUUAAUUGUUUAAACAUCAAGUUUUGGUCAGUAUACUAAUCUGUAUGUUUCCCUAUAAAAAUUGGAAUUAAGUAAUCUGGUAAUUUUGGAGAACUGAACAUUCUAGUUCUAAAUUAGUGAGCUUGAAAGCUCGGUAAGUUGAUGCUUUUUUGGUUUACUCACUUGUAUUGGCACACAUUUUUACAUUCUUUUUGUUAAAGGAGUAUCGUUACGCAUACCACUUUAUCUCAAUGAAGUGGUGUAUGUGCAGUGGUCAUUAGUUUUAACCCUGCAAUGUUUUUUGUUUUGGUUUUUCAACUGAAAUGUUUGCAUUGCAGGGUUAACGCAACCACUAAUGGCUGCCUUCCACAAUAGGCUCUUUCUUUGCACCGACUGAGUGAAAGACCCAGAAGCUUGUAGAAAAGCAUGUUCUAAGGAAAUCUUCCAAAAGUGCAAAAUGAACUUGUCAUUGAGAGCACUUUCGGCCUCAGAUAACACCUAGCGUGUGCCAACGUUUUUGUGGCUGUCUGCACAUACCGAUUUGGGUCUCCUGCAUGUUGAGCUGACACAAUUGAUGGCAAAUAUAAUUGACCCCACAUCCUUUCAUGGCUUAGCUGGCACGUGCCUGUUCUUAACAAUUGUGAAAUGUCUUACAGGAUAUCCUCACUCUUUUUCUGCAAUUUAACCCAGCUAAAACUGAUGUUCUUUUACUUUACAUAGUAAGCUCAAGGCUGUGUUAAAUAUCCCUGUUUAUAAAACUCCUAGAAAGUCAGUUUAAAAUUCUGUUGUGUUAGUAUGUUUACUUAUGUGUUAAUUGUAUCUGUAACCUCUGCUAAAAAAAAAUUUGCUUAAUUUUUAAAGCUCAUUAGGAAAGAGCACAGUAUUAUACCUGUCACCUUGUUCUAUCACCCUCAAAAUCUCCUCUUCACCAAUGGCUCCCUACAUUGGUGUCUUCUUUAAUUCUUCUCUAUAAAUCUUUUCAAUCCCUGGAAAAAUCUGAUCAUAACUUGCGCCACAGAGUUAAUUAAUCCCUGCUCUUCUGUUUUUUUUUUUUUCCAACACGCCAACUGGCUUCGACAUAUUUAAACAGCUGUUGUCCUUGUUUUUUUUAUAGAACCAACAAACUCCUCAAUAUGCUAUUGUUUCCAUGUCUCUCUCCAUACACACACAUUCCAGUAGCUGCUAAUUUGCUAUGUCUCAAUUAUUACAUUCUUUCCACUUGUAUUGAAAUACCAUUACUAUCUUUUGCAUUCCUACCUUUCCUUACUCCUCGCCAACCUCAUCUGUGCUGGUCUAUUAUCUGUACAUUACCUUGGCUCUACACCUCCUCCAUAUGCUACUUUUUGAUGGGGAAAAGGCAUAUCCUUGUGUCACUAGAUGGCUUAUCUCAUGUAAUUGUGCAUGUCAAGAACAACUGUGGAGAAUAUUCCAUUGUUCGUUCUUUCUUUGUGCUUCUUGUAUAAGCAAGAGUAUAAAUAUUAUGUGUAUCCUGCUAGUUUGAAGACUGAAAAAUAAGGUUGAGGGCUCAAUGAAGGAGAGGUUAAGCCCAAAUAUGAAGGCAAACACGUCACAUUGAGGCCUUUCUACAAAGGUUUCCCAGAAUCGAACGUUUUGCUUUAAAACAGAUGUCACUGGAGCAGAAUCAGAGCCUCGUGAUUUGAUACAAAGAUGAAUAGUAGGUGGGGGGGUCAGCUUUAUUUAAAUGUAGUGCAAGCAAAUUGUAAUUAUAUAUUCACACAGAUAUUAAAUAUGUUCCAAAGUUGUUUUAUACAGUGCUUCAAAUUUGAAGUUCUGUUACUAGCCAGUCCUUACAAGUUGCCAUUGUAUGCUCAGAUUUGUGUGUGUGUGUGCGCGUGCGCGUGCGCGUUAUACUUUUUUAAAUGUAAAUAAAAAAAAGUUAUUUGUUUCUAGCCAUUAUCAAUUCUUUUAGGGUUUCUCCAAGAAACAAAACUGCUUGUGCAAGUAGCUUCCCUGUCUUCUAUAUGCUCAAUCCAGCUGGGUGACUAAAGGUACUACAAACAGGGUUAGUGAAUUUCAAAUUUAAUGACAAAAUAGUCGAACUGUAUAAAUCCUCUUAGUCAACUAUGCUUCCAGUUCAGUUACUUUGAUCUUAAAUUCCAAAUUCACUUUGAAUUCUCUUUAGUCAAUAGCCCUGUUAGUGGACUGAACAUGAACGCUUAUCUUUUAAAUGUGAUACUGUGCUGCAAAUAAAUGUAGGUCUUUUAAAUGUGAGACUGUGCUGCAAAUAAAAUGAGAUCAAACAAAAAAUGCUGACACUCUACAGUGAAUCAGUAGAAGCCACAAUGUAGCUUCUUUUAACGUAUGUAGUUUAAUUCCUGUCAUCAUUCUCCUCUUUGACAGAUGUAGGAAAGGCAUUUUAAUAGUCGCAUACCUGACGUGGGAGAGGAUUUAAAGUCAUUAGGGGAUAAGGAAUGGUUCAGCAAACCUCUGAUGUCCCUGUUUAUUUUCAGGAAUUAUUUGAGUAGUAUUUCCUGAGCUAUUUCUCCAAAUUAAGUCAGUCUCUAGAGUGACUUGUUUUAAUUUAUAUUUAUGCCAUUUUGUGUAAUUUUGUUUUCAAUUUAAUGAAUUUGUGUUUGGAAGAAAUAAUUUCAACUGCAAAUUCUCUGUUUAAUGUAUCACUACAUUUUUCCCCUCAUAGUUUUUCUCUAUUAUGUGUUCAUUUUUUGGGGAAAGAUGUCUUAAAGCAGCUCUGUCACCUUCUGGGGUCUUUUAAUAUUUAGCAAAGACCCCGAUGUAUGCUUUACCACUGGCAAUGUGGUGGCUGUGGGGUGCUGGAAAAGAUGAGCCUUACUUCCCUGAACCUGUCUCUCGUGGACUCCACCAUCUUCUACUGCAGAAUCCUCUUUAGCUCCUGGAACUUCAUCUGCCAGAAGCUGGCGUCAUUGUUGUACAUUCAGGCCUGUGCAACAGAAUCCUGCGGUAGACUCCAUAGACCAGGGAUAGGCAACCUUCGGCACUCCAGAUGUUGUGGACUACAUCCCCCAUAAUGCUGGCACUCAUCUGGAGUGCCCAAGGUUGCCUAUACCUGCCAUAGACAAAGCUCACUAAUGCCGGCUAAGGGCUUGAUAGCGGUAGCUCUGCAUUUUUUGCCUAGCUUUGUCAACUGUAAGAGAAUAAAUAUAUUAGGGUUAAUGGCACAUGGGAGAAAAUAGAUAAAGUUGGACUUAUCUUGAAUGUCCGGGGAGAAUGUAAAAUUGCUCUUUGCAGUCUUUUAAUUGCAGUGAUGUACUCCUAUACAUUAAUUAAUCCCUUUGUUCCAGGAAUAUUUUUUUUGGCUUGACAGAGUCCCUUUUAAGAACUUUUGUGUUUUCAUUGGGUCCUGGAUUAAAUCAUUCCACUGUGAGCACGCUUUAGGCGUCUGAGAACAGCUGAGCUUGGUAAACAGUUUUGUCUGUUUACUCAUACGGCUGUGAAAGCUGCUCUCUGUGACAAAUGUCACCCACUGUUGCCUAUUCUUUAUUUGGAAGUGCAUGUAUUGUUGGUUAGCAACCUCAAAUGUCACUGCGCCCAGCUGGCAUCUUACUGAAAAUGUUUUUUUUUUAAACUUAGUAGCAGUAAUUAGCAUUUUGUUUACUUGCCUGUUUUCCUAACCAGUUACAUGUUUUAGACCAAUGUUUCUCAACCUUUUAUGAAGAAGUACUUCUGAAGCUCAAAAAAAAGUACCCCUGCCUCGAAAAAGAAAUUUCUAUUUAAACAUGUAGACACUGAUAUUUAAAUUAAUCCCAUAUUGAAGAACAAGCCUGCUUAAAGAUAAUAAAGAAUAUUCUAAAAUAAAUGACAGAACGUGAAUAUUGAGUAUGUAAGGAGGAGUAUAUGAACAAUUAAUAUGAAGUAUAAAAGUCACAAAAUCAAAAUAUAAUACACAUUUAAAAGGGAUACUGUAAUGCCAGGAAUACAAAGCUGUAUUUCGAUCCCUCCCCUCUCCCUCGCGUCCCCUCCUACCCGGUAAAUAAAGGGUUAAAAAAAUGUUUUUCUUACCAGAUCCCAGCACUGAUGUCCCUCAGUGCUGGGUCGAAGUUCCGCCCCUUCCUCUGUCCCGCAACGAGCGCGGUCUAAUGCUUGAAUCAAUACUUUCCUAUGGGGAAAAAUCUGGCCUAACAUGGGCGUCCAGCGUCCGAUAACGGAUUUUUUUUAUUUUAUUUUUUUCCUUACCAUGUCCAGGGAAUAGGAUUUUGAGUUGUAAAAGUGGACGCAAGAAUGAUUAUUGUAACAAGUUGUUUAAUCGACAAAAAGGAACAUUAAAGUGAUAUUGCUGUAAUGGCUUCAGGGCAAUCCUCCAUAAUGACACCACACUGACAUGUUAGGCCAAAACAUCUGUCCGAAACGUCCUAUAUCCCUACUGCAAGAAAUGCGCUGCACCUGCUAAAGAUAUAUCGCUGUAAUGAAGAGCAGGAGAACUAUCUAUAAGUAGGCUCUUCUGUGUGCCUUACAACUCAUUCCUGGCACAGCAUGGCUAUACUAAGGAUUGAUUGGCAGGUGAAUGAUGUGCUACAUUUUAAAUGGCUUUUUUUGGACAGCAUAUACAUUUUCUAACAAUUUUGCUAGCGUAAUAUUUUUAAUUUUUUUUUUGUUUGUUUCGUUUGUACCUCAGCAUAAACUUCCUUUAGGUGAGUGUGUCAACAGAUAGACCUUCAUUGCAGUGCUUGGCUCACUCCAGGCACCAUAACAACUACAGCUUUCUGUUGCACUCAGAGUGUUCUUGUACUAUCCUUGGGCAGUUUGUGAAAGGGAUAAUUAUUUUACUACGGCCCCUUUUAAUACUACAAUGUACAGUUGCUGCUGUGAUAUAUAUAAAAAUCUUUAUAUUUCUUUGUCUUGUGUAAUAGCGUGGGUGUUUUAUACCAGCAAAGUAAGGUUUUGUAAUUUAUUUAUUUAUUUUGUUUAUUUUAGGAUUCACACAAACAAAAAUAGAGGAAGUUGUUUCAAAGAUUUCAGGCAUCUCUCCUCUUUGUGUUUACAAUUGCACUCUUGGAAUGAAGCUAAAAGAAUAUUCACUCUUUUGCAUUCACUAUACAAGGGAAUGGCAAUUUUGAACGUGCAGGUCUUGACAAACCUUUUAAGGAAAAUACAAUGCAUUUGCAUAUGUUAUAUGCUCCAAUACAAUAUUUAUAUUCUCAAGCCAUGCUAGAGAUCGGUGAUGCCCAAUUCCUUGCUCCUUUUUAUAAAAUGUUAGUUGUAAAUCCUUGAACUAUCCCUAAACCUCAAAGUGUGCCAUUUCAUUUAUGUUGGGACUUGCUGUUUGUAGCAGGUAAGUCUUUCUAUGAACCAAACACAUGGUAGCAAACUGUUGCCCUCCCUUUUGAUUUGAAGCUGAAGAUUAUCCACACAGACUAGUGAAAGGUCUGGUAAGAUAUUUUCAUUCAUUAAAGGAUCACUAUAGGGUCAGCAACACAAACAUGUACAAACCCUAUAGUGCUAAACCCACAAUUUAGGUGGCUUGCCCCCCUAUAAAAGUUUAAAACUCACCUUAUUUCCAGCGCCGCGCGGGUCCACCAGCGCUCGCUCUGCCCUCUUUGUGACAUCAAAAUGGCCGAUUUUUUUUUUUAGCUAAUCCAAUGUUUUCCCAUAGGAAAAGAAUUACAUUGGCACUGGGUGGGGCUAAAUGCCGUUUUGGCCCAUCAGGACCUCCUCAUAGAGAUGCAUUGAAUCGAUGCAUCUCUAUGAGGAAAAUUCAGCAUCUCCAUGCAGAGCGUGGGGGCGCUGAACGGCAGGGCAGCCUACUGUGCAGCCCUGAGCUAGGAAGCCCCUCCAGUGGCCAUCUGAGGAGUGGCCACUUGGAGGUGUCCCUAGGGGCAAUGUAAACACUGCCUUUUCUCUGAAAAGGCAGUGUUUACAUGAAAAUGCCUGAAGGAAGUGGAGCUUUUAAACUCACCAGAACAACUACAUUAAGCUGUAGUUGUUCUGGCGACUAUAGUGUCCCUUUAACAACUGAAGUGCAACUGUUUACCUACCACAACAAAUAACUUGAUACUCCAUGCAUUUAUUUAUUUAUUGAAAAAUACCAUAUGUCUAUAUAAAUGUACAGUAUGUUAGUGAAACUACCAUUUAAAUUCUAAAAGGUCUGGUUGAGAGGGCUGUUUUAAACAUGUAUGCUCUGUUUUCAUUAACCUACCAUUUAAUCUCAGGGGUUUUGUUUUUUUAGCUAUCAUUAUUUAAAAAAAAUAUUAUUUCACCCCCUUAGAUGGAUGGAAGUGAAAUAUCAUCACACUCAGAAGAAUAUCCAUUGAGAAGCAGUGUCUCUUCAGGAGGAAACCAUCGUAUGUGUCAAUUGUAUUGUGUCCUGUUUUAUAGUUUUGUAUGUAGUUAGUACUGACCUUUGAGUUGGAAUUCAGUGUGUAUACACAGGAUACCUAUGACUCAAAUGUAAUUUUUAAUCAUCAUACAAUUUAUGUCUGUGUCUUGAAUUCAAUGGGGGAUUUGUGGGGGGAGAGGGGGAGGGAACCCUCAAGCAUCCUAACCACAACAGUGCACUGGUUAUGAUCAGGGGUGCACUGGUCCCACCCACAAUACAAGUAAUUAAAUGUUUUGCUAAAGGUGGGAAAAAGUACCAGGACUCAUAUUUCACUGGGCACUGAUCACUUCCUACAUUGAGAACUUUCCUCCUCCUGCCGACUUCAGUGCCGAAUGCCCAUGGGCAGCAGGAGCCGCGCGCGUAUUCAAACCGCCCAUAGGAAAGCAUUACUCAAUGCUUUCCUAUGGACGUCAGCGUCUUCUCACUUUGAUUUUCACAGUGAGAAUUGCGGAAGCGGCCUCUAGUGGCUGUCAGUGAGACAGCCACUAGAGGCUGGAUUAACCCUCAGUGUAAACAUAGCAGUUUCUCUGAAAAUGCUAUGUUUACAGCUGCAGGGUUAAAAUCUGGGGGACCUCACACCCAGACCACUUCAUUGAGCCGAAGUGGUCUGGGUGCCUAUAGUGGUCCUUUAAGCACUGCAGACUCCAGGUUGAUUUUUAAACCAUUAGCUAAUGAUUUGAUUACAUACAUUGGUGGGUGCCAGGGCACUCAUUGCACCAUAACCUGUACAGCUUGCUCUAGUGGUUAUGGUUUUUGCAGCUUUCCUUGAAAGUGAACAUGCCAUGACAGAUUUAGUUGAAAUGUUCACUUUAUAUGCAAUACAUUUGUGUGUCAUUUGUGUACAGUAAUCUUGCAACACAUGUAUGUUGAUCCUGUGAUACCAAAUUUAAGUGUCUGUAAUCACAAAUUGGGUAAUGGUACACAUCUUUAUUUAAAUGUUUAUGAUUGAUUUCAUUUUACAAGGGAAAAAAAGUGUGCAUACAUGGUUUUUCUCACUUAGGUUUAAUCUCUUUCUCCCUCCCUAUUCAGAAGUGGACGUGAUUGUUUACUUAGUUAACGAUGAGAGUGUUCCACUUAAUUUGGACAGCAGCAUUUCCAUCACCCCAGCUCAAGAGAUCCACAGGUUGAUACGUGCUGCUCUGCAUUUACCUGAUAUCGCACAGGAAGUGUUUGCACUGUGGCUCAUAUCUCCUUUUCUGGGUAAGAUGUACAUAAAUGACACAACACUUGUUUUUUGUUUUGUUUUGUUUUUUAAAGUGGACCUGUCAUCUGCAUGGUACAAUGACAACACAGUGAAAGUUAUUUGUUAUUCUUAAUGUUUCAGAGGUACAACUAAAACCAAAGCAUCAGCCUUACAAAAUUUGCCGGCAGUGGCAUGAUCUCUUGGCACGUUUCACAAACUGCUCCAUAGAUGACAUUCACCUAGGUAAGUAAACAAAUUGUAUUUUAUAGGUGGAAGGCAGGAACUGGUGUCCUUGGGAGUUGCAUAUUUACUGUGCUCUUUGCUAAGCGGAACAGAUCUUUAUUGUUUCCAUACACUAGAUAUAGAAACAAACCCCCGAUUGUCUAGGUGGGGGCUGGAGGAGGUUUUUCUUGGAGUAGCUUUUUAUGUGCUUUAUUUUUCCUUCCUUUUCUUGCUUAUUUCUUCCACCUUGCACACUGAUUACUUUGUGAUCUCCAUAUGGGUACUAUGAGACAUCCAAGAUGAAACCGACAAAUGUGUAAAUACUUACACAUGAUUUCCUACAAUAUAUUGAUGUUGUACAAUCUAUUUCAUCAGCAUUGUAUCAAAUCAAUAUUUAUGGUUUCCACUGUCUAAAAUAUUUUGUCGGUUUACUUUAAAAUCUAAUGAAACUUAAUUGGAAAAAUUGAAAGACAGCCACUAGAGGUGAAUUUAACCCUGUAAUGUAAACCGGACCGUUGCACCUCGACAAUUUAAUUGAGAAGUGACUUUUCUUAGGAAAAUAAUAGUGAUGAACUGUUUCUGAUUUUAUUUUUAUUUAUAUUAUUAUUUAUAUUUAUAUUUAUACCCAUAGUUUGGUUUAUUUUUGCACUUUAUUCUAGAUGAACCUUCUUUGCAAUUCCGAAGAAAUAUUUUCCUACCUAAAGCACGUGAACUUCAGGUUAGUUCUAUGAAAUAAUGACAACCGAAACAGGGAAAUCCUUACAAUUUAUUAUACAGUAGUAAAUUGUGUAGGGGGAAAAAAAGGAAGCAACCCCUGCCUUAAAGAAUGAGGGAUAUAAAAAAUCUGCAAGCACACACAUCGCAGAUGGGCACGAGAUAAGGAAAUCAGAAGUACAUCUAGAUUAUAUAGUUAUUUUCCUUGUAGUAAAUCUCCAGGUUCCAAUCCUUCUCUAGUCACUAGUAGACUUAUGCACUUUUGACAUGAAACUGCUUGGAUAACUAACCAAUCUCUAGCCUUCUGUUUCUAAGGGGGAAGCACUGCAUGUACUCUUAUGUCACAUGAAAAAUUUGUUAUUGUACGAACCAUUACAAGUGAAAAUGAGAAGUUAAACUUUGCUAUCAGCAUCAAGACCUUCAGAUGUUAGAAGCUACUUUAUUACCAUGUGACUUAUUAUCCCUUACCUAGAUUUCUCAUGAUGUUGUCUUAAAACUGUUAUAUGAAGAGGCCAAGUACAAUGUCUUGGAAGGUCGAUAUCCGUGCGAUGUAGAGGAUUGUAAGAAGCUGGGUGGUUUGGUCUGCCGGGUAGAACUUGGUCCUUAUGAUGAGGAGCAGCAUACUCCUUCUACACUUAGGUAAAGCCAUAGGUGAAAAACUGUUUUCUUACCUUAAUUCAGCUCUUACAGCUAUACAGGUAGAUUGAUCAACUGACAGUCCACUGCAGGUAUGUCCUCUCAACAUCCCCAUUGCAUACAUUUUACAUUAGUUUAUAGUCUUGAUGCUCUCUGGUCCCCAACCUUGCUUUCUUUUAUAAUUUAAAGGACCUUUUUUCAAAGAUUUGUGGUGUCUUCCCACCAGGCCCAAAUUGGAUUGCUAUCUUCCACAACAUAUGUGCAAGAAGAGAAACGGAGGCCUGCUGACUGCUUUCAGAAGCAAAGGUGGGCGCCAAGCAAGUUUCGAGCAGACACUCCUAAACACUUACAAAGACGUUAAAGACACUAGUGCUUGUUCUGAGACAGAGGCCAUGAAUUGUCACUACAAGGCUUAUCUGAAGAAGUGUCAUGAUCUCCCUUACUAUGGGUGUGUAUUACACUGGGUUUCUAGGGAUUAUUUGUUAUGAAGUAGUACAUAUAUUGAGAAUUGUUCUAUAUUUACUGGAUUUUGCUUAAAUGUGUCUCCAGAUGUGCAUUUUUCGUGGGAACAGUUGACAAACCUGCGCAAGGAUUACUCAGUAGAAAUGGACGCAAGACCGUAUCGGUUGCCAUUAACAUGGAAGGCGUGUCUGUAAUUGACAGAAAAGAAAAGGUAAAGCUACUACAGAUAUAAUGGUUUCAUGUGUAAUUCAUCCCGCUGUAAAAUCAAUGAGCCUAACAACUCCAGUCUCUGAUUAGAACAUAUAGUGGUUCAUCGUGAGUGUUGUUGAACUGUUGCUUUCCGGCGUUGUUGAAUUGUAAUGGCUACAUAAUUGUCAGGUUUGCAGUCAAAUGUUCUGAGGGUGGCAUGUUUACUAAGUCUGCCCUCAGUGGCGCUUCCGGAAUCAAAACAGACCUUUGGUCCGUAAUCUGCUGCUGGGCGUCCUCACGCUCUGCAUGAGGACCUCCAGCAUCAGAUUGUUCCCCAUAGAAAAGCAGUGAAACAAUGGUUUCCUUUGGGGAGGUCUUAUCCGUGUAGCAUUUGCCGCGCAUGCGCAUUAGACCUCCGCAUGUCUCGGGACGGAGGAGGGGGCGGAGCUUUGACCUAGCGCCGAGGUACAUUGGGGCUGGGAUAAGGUAAGUAAGGUGUGUUUGUUUUUUUUUUAACCCUUUGUUUACCGGGGUGAGGCAGAGGGAUCGGUAGUGCCAGGAAUACUGCUUUGUAUUCCUGGCACUACAGUAUCCCUUUAAAUCCAAUGUGUCCAUUGCAAAUUUUGAUUUACACUCGUCUAUACAAAAGUAUCUGCCCUCUAUGCUUUUACUAAAAACGUGUAUUUUUUGUUUUUUCUUUUUGCUCCUCUUCGUAACAAGCAUGUCUUGAUAAGCCUAAAGUAUUCUGAGUUGUCCUGGGAUUACACAUAUCCUAGUGAUGAUGAACCUAUCCUGUGGCUAGAAUUUGACGGAGACAAUGAAGGAACCCCAGUCAACAAACUGCUGAAAAUAUACUCCAAACAGGUGACUUAAAUAGUUAAUUAAAUCAUCUUUAGUUGCAGCUAGUUUUUGACUAGUUUUGCUACUUACUUGGGGGAUCAGGUAGCCAGAACAAGAGGAAAAACCUCUGAGGCAGAGAGAGGGUAUUUUUUCUAAACCACAGCAAAUACAACAUACAAAAUUAGGACCUGCGCUCAAACUCUUACAACUCCUGGGUGGCAGCAAUGGCCAUAAUACACAUAAGCCCCAAUACAUACAAUAAAAAACAAAAUUAUAUUUAUAUAUAGGCUAUCGCAAUGUAUUGAUUGUUAAAAUAGUCUUGCAUUUAUCAUAGAAUUUACAGUCUAGACGAAAAUAACUAGAUUUGAAAAAUGAGCUACCGAGUUUUCACAACUCCAAGUGUUUCAAUAGAGUUAAAUAAUUCCAACUUUUUUCUCGUUUUAGGCAGAGCUCAUGAGUGGUCUUAUUGAGUACUGCAUAGAGUUAAAUCAAGCAACAGAGUCGCCCGUAUCAGAAUCUGCACCUGGCAAUUCCCAGUUGUCCGAAAAACGUCCCAAACUGCACAGACAGGAGAGUGUCUUGUGUAACCGAAUGAAAAACCUUUCUACCAUAGACUAUGUAGAAGACGGUAAGCAUGAUGCUGUAAAAGUGGAACAUCUCUUUCCUUAAAAGUAGUUCUGUUAAAGUGAUGGGGAUCUGAGCUAGUUGUCUGUGAUGUUUUUGAAAGAGUUUUGUUGUCUGUGGGCUAAUCCAACCACCAUGACCACUUCAGGGAUUUGAAGUGGUUAUGGUGUUAGGAGUCUGUAUGGGCAGGGUUCUGUUUGAAGCUUGCACUUCCAUGCCAGGGGUUUGUUAUACCCCCAGCAAUCAUAUUGUUCAGGACUGGCAAAUGUUAAUUCUGUGCAAAAUAUUUGCUAGUCCUGAACAGCAUAUAGUCAUGAUGAGAGGCCUUUGAUUGCCUUUGAAGCUUUUUUGGGCAGAGGAUCAGAGAUCAGCUUCAGGAGCUUCACCCAGAGCAGGAUUUAUUUUUUAUUUUUUUUUAUUCAAUUUCCUUUAUUUAUUUCUCCACUUUUUCAAAAGGGUACAGAGGCCUUGCUAAGAAUGCCCAAUAGUACCUUUUAUUUUAUUUUUUUAAAGAAAUACGUUUUUAAACCCUUUGCAAUUGAUUUGCAAAGAAAAUAGUUAAAAUUCAUGAUUCAACAAGUAAACUGUGACAUUUUCAUUUCCUCCCUCCUCGUUUCUAUUCCUCUGUUCUAUCUUCUGAGACUUAACUUAUAUUUGGUUUAAUUAUUUCUUAUAUCCAAGAGUAGGUAUAAUAACCAUGCUAAUGUGUUAUGUUAUAUUUUCCAAUUUGCUUAUCCAUGCAUCCUGGUGAAUUUAGGAAACCAAUACACACAAAUAGAAGACUGGGACGCCUUUUUCCAUUAUUGCUUGCUAUGUCACUUGCAAUAUUAAGUCUUGGAUACCUGGUAUUACCACAGUUUUCCAAUUUCGUGCUAGCAUUAAUUUAGCAGCAGUAAUUAUAUGAAAGAUAAUCAUCUGGUUUGUUUUUGUCAUUUUUGGCCAUUGCAGGUUUAGUAGAAUUACUUCAGGCUUGAAAGCCAACCUCCCUUCUGUCCGUUGAUAUAUUGUAUUGAUUACUUCUUUCCAGUAGUUGUUUAUGGUUAUACAGUGCCACCAGCUAUGAAUUAAAUUACCGUCAUUAGUUUUACAUUGCCAGCAUCUGUCUGAGGAUUCUGGGAAUUUUUUUUUUUUUUAAACAAUUUCAGUGUUCGGUACGAUCUGUUUGAAAGCUUAAAUUGGGUUUUUUGUAAGGUUUAAACAGUGUACAUAUUUAGUUUGUUUAGAGAACUAAUCCAUUCUUCUAUUAGUACUUUGUCGUUUUUCCCAUUUGUUGCUAAGUUCUAUUGAUUUAUCGUGUCUUCAUUUGUAUAUAACUUAUAUUUGGUUUAAUUAUUUCUUAUAUCCAAGAGUAGGUAUAAUAACCAUGUUAAUGACACUUUUUGUCAUUACAUUUUAUAGUUCAUUACAUUUUUUUUCAUUACAUUUUUUAAUUCAAAUAAGUAUUUGAGGGCUCUAAUUUUCUUCCCUCUUGGUGGGAAAGGUGUUUUGCUAAAAAGCCCUUAAUUUGCAGGAAGUUGAAAAUUUCCUUGGAGGGAAUAUUAAAUUCCUCCUUAAUUUGAUUAAAGGUUUUCAUUUUUUUUGUUCCGCCAGAAUAUUUGUGAAUUCCCUUAUCCCUCCAGAUAUCCAAGUGCCUAUUUUUAUGUUAUCUAUCAUAUCUAUAAUGCUAGAGAAAGGGAGUUUAUUAUUCUAUUUCUUUUAAGCCUAUGUUGUUUGAGAAUUUAUCCCACCAACUCGUUAAUUCUUUGAGAAUCUGAGAUUUAGUUCGUGCCUCUUGGAUAGAUUUUUUUUUUUUUUUUUUUGUUCCCUUCCAGAACCCAGAAUAGUGAUGUUAAAUUUCCUACCUUGGUUUUGACUCUUUCCAUAUUGUACCAUAUUCUUGGUUUGCUGUGAUGUUAUGUGUAAGCAUUAAGUGGAAAAGUCUACUAGCUUGAUAGCAUUGUAAUAUUUCCGGACAUCCCAGGCCCCCAUCUUGCCUCGCUCUGGCCAUCACUUUCAUUUUGACUCUGGCUUUCUUACCACCCCGUAUAGAUUUUGAAAAUGAGGAGUGUAGCAAGGAUAACCACUUUUCUGGGAAGUCAAGUGGGAUCAUUCUCCAUAAAUACAGCCAUUUUGGUAAUAUAAAUGCUUUUAGGAUAUUGAUCCUGCCUGCCCAGGAAAAUCCCAUCCCUUUCCAGUCUUUGAGAUUUUAUUGGUUUGGAUUAUUAAGGGUAGGAAAUUUGCUUCUACCAGAUCUUUUAGUUUGAGGGUUAGUGUUAUGCCUAGGUAUUUUAGCUUGUCCUUAUUUUCUGGAAGCCCCAGGAAAAUUAAUAUAAUAAAAUAUCCACUGAUAAUAUUCAAUUCACCAAUCCCCUUGCAUGUUUCAAAGUGCCCCAAAUAUUUGAUAAUUUUCAGUACAUCAUUGGCUGCUGCAUUAUAUAAGUGUAUUUCUUAUUUUUACAAAAAUUCUGCCCAUUUGGGGAAUUAAAGAUGUUUAUUUUUUUACCUAAAACUAGAAAGUAUAUUGUUCUUGUAUUGCCAUGUUGGCAGCAGAAAACAUGCAGAAAGUUGGAGUGUCAUGGACAAAUAAGUGAUAUUUUCUCUGUAAGUUGCACAGGGAAUAAGGGAUAUGUAUAGAUCUAUAACAUAAUGGUAACUUUUCAAUGCCAUAUUUUUUUUUAUUUUUUUUUCCAGGUGCUGAAAUCAAAAGAGUGAAACCUAAACGAGCAGCAUCAUUCUUCACCCGGCAGUCAACCCACAGCUAUUCCUCUGUACAACCUUCUGAAACUGCAGGCCAGAGCUGACCUUUUUUUUUUUAGUAAUGCAGGGAAUGACCAAAGAGUGUGGGCUUUAGCACUAGACCUUAUCCUUAUGGACCAAGUCAAAAUAAUUUCAGCACUUGUAGUAUCUUGUGACACUGCAGCUGUGCUAAUUGUCCACAAUUUCCAAGAUCCACUAAUCAGCCUUGGGCAGAUCAUUAUUCUAAUGGACGGUCAAUGUGUGCCAUUUAACCUCUUAGGGACACAUGACGUGUGACAUGUCAUGAUUUCCUUUUAUUCCAGACGUUUGGUCCUUAAGGGGUUAAAGGGACACUAUAGUCACCAGGACCACUACAGCUUUAUGCGGUGGUUCUGGUGCCUAUAGUAUGUCUCUGCAGGCUGAGCAUUGUCAACACUGCCUUUUCAGGGAAACAGAAGUGUUUACGAUGCACUGUCUAGCUGCAGUCACUGUGUGUGCAGCACUGGCGUUCAAGAUUACCAUGGAGAUGCUGAACGUUCCACAUAGACACUCUAUGAGGAGAUGCUGAUUGCUGAAGCGUGGCUUUUUGAUCCACAUGUGCAAUAGCCCCCCAAUGCUUUUCUAUGGGAAAGCAUGGGGUUGGCUGAGAUCAUCAAGAUUAAAGAUCUCUGCUAAGGGGGCUGGGUACCUAAAUAGUUAAACACUAUAGUGUCAGGAAUACAGAGUUUGUAUUCCUGACACUAUUGUGUUCCCUUAAUUUAUAGGAGUCACUUUGUGAAAGACUACUAUAGGUUUCUAUCCUCUGUCUUUGCUUUCAUUUCUCUUUAAAUUUAGUUUGAAGGGAAACUUCCAAUAAUGGGAAUCUAUUCCCUUAAAUCGAUUUUGAGGUUGCUGGUAUUACAAAUUGUCAUUGUUCAAUCAUGUCGUUUACAAAUCUAACCUUACCGAGUUAAUUAUUUAAAGUGGCUAGUCUUUUAGACACUGGUGUGUUGCGUGCUUUCAUUCUUAAAAGAAUUCUAGAAAACCACGCUUCCAUGUUACAAAUUGCUAGUCCAGAAGAAAUCUCUUGUAACCUUCCAUUAUGGUGAAUAUUCUGCAAAAGGGAAUCCUGCAGACGCAGCAGGCUGUAUCUUAUUGAUGAUUAAUAUUGCAGGAAGACUUUUUGCUUAUUUCAUUGUGAUUGCAGAACUUGCAUAGGUGGAUUGUUUGAUUUUCUUUGUAAGGCUUGGGAAUGAGAUUAUUUGGAAUGAAAUACUGUGCUAGUUCUUAAGGUACCCUGAAGACCAUUAAUCCAGAAGAAGUUAAUCUUUCUGACCACACAGUAAUAUAUGAAAUAAAUAAGUAAGAGCUGAGUAGGUGAGACAGUUUACAAGCGUAGUAAGAAAAAAGGGUAGAGUGGUAUAGGGAACCUAUAAACAUGUAAAUCUUGAAAAGCAAUAAUACUCUCGCCCUGUCAUGACCAAUAUAUGAUCAAUCUUGUGUCCAGCAAUGAAAAUUCCUAAAAAGUACAUUCAGUGCAACCCCUCUAGAUUCCAGAAAUGUGACCGAAACUUUCUUUGUCUGUAGUGUGUUACUCACUUGGGUAGUUCUUUAUACAUUUCAGGAAUGCAUUAUGGAGCCUUUGCUAAUGAUUAAGCAGCGAAUUUGGACUUGACUUAGAAUUAUACACUACACUGUGGUACACAACCAAAAUAUAUAAAGUAUGUAAAGUAGGAUAAAUCAAGCCCAGUACCUGUAUUAUCUUAAAAUCAUCUAGUUAGAACUUUUUGUAUAAAUUGUUGUAAAGUUGUAGAAGUGUUGGAUACCUUUCUUUACUAACUCUGCUAAUUUUGUUUUAUUAAGUAUAUCUUGCCCUAUUGAUUCUUCCUGGAAUUUAUACUUAAUUAAUGUUCACCUUCAUCACAGGUACAUAGUGAUAGGAGAGCGCACUGUAUCUCUCUUCACUACCUUGUUUUUGAUGGUACGAGACCUAAUAACUAUUUGCAAAGAUUUAACUUAUUCAUACUGUGUAACAAUUUUCAUUAUGCCAAGCCAGACUCCUGAUUGAUGAAAUUUAAAACCAAAAAUUCAUUUUAUAUAUGUUAACUUUUGUAUGAGAAAUGUAGUUUGUACUAACACAAUUUGGAAACAAAGCCUAUUUACAGCAACCUGUUGUAUGAUUCUUUUUGUGUGUGUGUGUGUAUGUAUGUAUGUAUGUGUAUAUAUAUAUAUAUAUAU